AUGUCCGCCGUGACCAAUCAACCUCUUCCCUAUGCCCGACUGGAGCGAGAGAAUCACAUUCGUAUGAUCUUCCGAGCCUUCCAGACCAAACGCAAUGCCGUGUGCGAGUGCCACCCUCACUCAGGUCUGCUGAGGAACGAGGAGGGUCCCGGAGGCUCGUCAAACUCUUUGAGCGUGUUGGAUGAAGUCAGUCAGUUUCAUAUCAAUGCGAGACCACAACUUCAGGGUCCACAGUGUGUUCCUCAGAAGAUCUACAACAUUGCCACAGGACCUAGCAGGUCACAAUUGUUUGUGGUGCUGGAAGAGAGUUCAUGCGUGUGCCUUCAAUGUUGUGGUCCAGCUCGGUCUUGCUCCUUGCAGGGCUUUGACCACCAAGGGCAGCAGGUUUUCUACUUCGACAGACCUCUCAGGAUGGACGCCUGCUGCCUGGGAUGCUGCCUCAUGGAAAUUAGCGCCUACACGGGGCGGAGGCAACUCAUCGGCACCGUGCACCAAAGGUGGAGCAUGUUCACGCCUCUCUUCGAAGUCAAAGACUCCCAAGGAUCGUCUGCGGGACAAAUUCAGAGCGCAUGUUGCCCAAGCCGCUGCUUGUCAAAUCAGCAAUUCCAGAUUGUUUCCAAUAUUGGCGAUAAUAUUGGUACCAUAUGGAAGAAAUGGCCUGGCUUUCAGCAAGAGCGUAACAUGGACCAUGAAUACUUCGGGAUGGAGGUGCCACUUGACAUGGAUUCACAAACUAAAUUGUUGCUACUGGCAGCCACAUUCUUACUAAAUUACAUGUUCUUUGAGAUGAGCUGAAGGAUGGAUGAUCAAUAAAUGGAAAAUGGACA